ACGCCAUACUAUACGCUAUGCUAUUCACCACUCCAUACAUACUAUAUGUGAAGCGUUCAGUCAAACCAUGUCUUAUGGCUGACGGACACUCACUGGUGAUCGCAGGCAUAGGUUAACCGUAUUUACACGACAACCGACCCGUCACUGACCACUCAUUGCAUGUCAUCAUCCCUUCUAAGUGUCUUGUGAUGCAGAUGUCAUCACAUUUGCCACUAAAUCGUCUCAAUUGUCUUAUCCAUUAAACCGAUUAACUCACGCAUCGACUGAGCGUUGGCGAUCCGUUGGUGCGAUCGCGGAAGCGCUUCGUGAUCGCCGUCUGCGGCGAUGACGACCUCAUCGGAGGACGUGUUGCGAGUGGUGGAGGCGGUGAGGAUGAAGAAGACCGACGGCACCCUCUAUAUGAUGGCCGAACGCAUCGCAUGGAUGCCCAACGGGAAGGACUCGUUCACUAUUUCCCACAAAUACGCCGACAUUAAGACUCAGAAGAUAUCACCGGAAGGCAAGCCCAAGAUCCAGUUGCAGGUGGUGUUGGACUCCGGGAGCGAUACCUUUCACUUCGUGAACGCCAAUGGAGUCGAGAGUCAACUCAAUGACAGGAAUGAAGUGAAGGAGCUCUUACAGCAAUUGUUACCCAAAUUCAAGCGAAUGAUAUCCAAAGAUCUCCAAGAGAAGAGCCGUGUCCUCAACGAAGACCCGGAGCUCUUCGGGCUCUACAAAGAGUUGGUCACCUCUAACAUCAUUACCGCCGAAGAGUUUUGGGCCAACUAUGCGACCAACAGGAGGAUUGACUUGAGAGAUAAGAGCGAACCGAACGGCCAAAGGGUUGGCGUUUCGGCGGCCUUUCUGGCGGACAUUUCGCCGCAAGUGGACGGAUGUAAUGGCAUUAAAUACAAUAUCACUAAAGAUAUAAUUGACGCCAUUUUCAACACAUAUCCCGCCGUAAAGCGGAAGCACUUCGAGAGCGUUCCCCACAAAGUGACGGAACAGGAGUUUUGGCAGCGAUUCUUUCAGUCACAUUACUUCCACAGAGACCGCAACUCAACCACCAAAGACUUCUUUAAUGACUACUCUAAUCAUGACAUCGAAAGUGCGCUAAGAAAAGGUAUUAUCGAUCCCUUUCUCGACUUGUCCUCAAUGGAGGACAGAGUCUGCGGGACGACACUCGAGAGUCGCGAAGACAAGGAUAAGAAUAAAAGCGAUUCUUUGAAUUCACUCUCCAAUUCAAAUCAGGCGCUCAUUAAACGCUUUAAUCACCACUCGAUCCGAGUGUUGGAGUCCUCGAUGAGUAGAAGUGGCGACAGCUCUGCGAACCCCUUAACCAAUGGUCCCAAAGAUCCAAACCCU